AUGGAGAAAAUCACGGGGGAUGAAGAUCGUCAAGGAGAUCAUACAAUGAUCGGAUCGCCAUUGAGUGAAGGAAAGAUGGUGAUAAAGCUAAGGAUUCCAAAGCUCACGGCGGCCAUGGAAGAUGAAAGAUCGUCGGAAACGACGAAAAGGGUUUGUUUAGAAUGUAAAAAGGAGUUCAGCUCAGGGAAAGCAUUGGGUGGUCACAUGAGGAUUCAUGUUCAAGCUGCUAAUCGAAACACUUUUCUGAAACCCUCGAAAACCACUAAGUUUAAGAAAUCUGGUCAAGAUUUCAACAAUGGCGAUCAUGGAAGCAAACCUAAUUAUAAGAACAGUGUGAAUGGUGAAGGUAAACCUAUAUGUUCUAUUUGUGGCAAGAUUUUUCCAUCGAUGAAAUCUCUUUUUGGUCAUAUGAGGUGUCAUCCUGAACGUCUAUGGCGAGGUAUUGUACCUCCACCCGACACCCCCACAACCGCCCUAUACCGCCAAAGAAGCAACAUCGUUGAUGAUGAUGGUGAUGAGGUGGUUGAUUUGACUAAGUUUUUACGGGGGUGGACGGUGACGGAAAGGAGAGGCCGUCGGGCGUUGAAAGCAGCUGAUGAAGAUGAGGUUUUACGGGAAGCGGUGGAGGAUCUUAUGAGCUUAGCUCAUGGUGAUCAUCCAACUAUGGCGGAAUCCGAUGUUUCACAGCGGCAGUUACGGGCGGAGGUGUUUGAAGGUACCAAUAGUAAUUCUCCGACGAACAAGGAUAAUAAAAUCGACGAGAAGUCGCCGGGCGAUAGCAACAACGGAAAGGCGUUUAUGGAGGAAGAAAUCGAGGGGAAACCGGUGGCAAAAGUGGAGGUUGAUGGUGGUGGUGGUAUGAAUAUGAUCAUCAAGAAUUUCUCAGAUAACGAAUCCGAUAGUCGGAACACCAAUGAACAGAUGAUGAUUAGUUGCAAAUAUAAGAAGAAUUUAUCCAAUAAUCCAAACAAGAUCAAGAAGAGGAAGAAGAUGAAGCUGAUGAUGGAAUUGGAACAGGGAUUUACUCAGGAGACGGUUGGCGGACAUCCGCCGCUGCCGCUGACGUCGUCGAUGGCGUCACGACAUGAACAGCCGGAAAGUAAGUACAAAUGCACCACCUGCAACAAAUCUUUUACUAGCCAUCAAGCACUUGGUGGGCAUAGGUCCAGCCACAACAAAUCCAAGAUUACGCCAACCGAUCAUCAUCAGAUUGAUCAAGAAGAUGAUUACGACAGCUCUGUGAUGAAUCAAACCAGCGACAAUGUGGAGAAAGAAGUUGAAUUUGCGGGUGAUGCUAUGGUGGCGGCGAGUGGGUUACACCAAUGCAAGAUUUGUGACAAGAUUUUCCCGACAGGACAAGCUUUGGGUGGGCACAAGAGGUGUCACUGGACUGGAGCCAUUGAAGCACAAGCUCCUUCGAGUCAGGUUACCUCUACCGGAGAAGCAGCUAGCCAGAGCGGAGGUGGUCGCCGGAGAAUUCUUGAUUUUGAUCUGAACGAGGUUCCUCCAGCUGCAAUGAUGGAAGAUGAAGGUGGAGGCGGAGGUGGAACUGGGUAUGCUUCUUCAUCAUACAAUUCAAACAUGGGUUAG